CCCGCUCCGCUCCGGUGGCUGCGCUCGGGGGGGCCCCCUGGCCGCAGCUCCCCGCCCCGCGGGCUUCCUGGGGCUUCCAGCCCAGCAGCCGAUGCCAAAGGCCCCAACCUCGCCUCCAGGCAGGCUUAGGGACAUCGGUUUCGGCUUCCAGAAAAGUUGGGAGAAAGUGAAUUUGGAAUGGAUUGGGAAGUAGUAGCAGCUCCCCAGGCUCCUUUCCCUUCCAGAAGCUUCAUCCUGCACAGCCUCAUCCAUUCUUCUUUUCCUGACACCUUGUUUCCAUCCCUGAGCCCUCUUUCUCUUCGCUCCUAGGUCUUACCUCCACACUGUGUGAUCAGCGUCUUCUCCUUCCUUAUCUUUCUCUCUCUGAUCCUGUUAACCAUUUCUACCUAUUUUCACCUUCUCCCUGUCAUUGUCUUCUUUCUCCCCUCCUAAAACCUUGAAGCCUCCCACUCCAAUUCACCCAUCAAAGCCCUCCACUCUCCCCCCCACCCCCAACACUAUCCAUCCCUCUCUCUACCUCCUCCUCUUCCCUCCCAGCAAAGUCAACCAUGACUUCUGGGCCUACCUGGGCUGCCAGCUCCACUCCCGGGGGCGCCUUCUCUGCCCCCAAUGCCACCACACCCUGGCUGGGCCGGGAUGAGGAGCUGGCCAAGGUGGAGAUCGGAGUCCUGGCCACCGUCCUGGUGCUGGCGACAGGGGGCAAUCUGACUGUGCUGCUGACCCUGGGACAGCCAAGCCGCAAGCGCUCCCGCGUGCACCUGUUUGUUCUGCACCUAGCCCUCACUGACCUGGGCGUGGCACUAUUCCAGGUGCUGCCCCAGCUGCUGUGGGACGUCACCUACCGCUUCCAGGGCCCUGACCUCCUCUGCCGGGCUGUCAAGUAUCUCCAGGUGCUCAGCAUGUUUGCCUCCACCUACAUGCUGCUGGCCAUGACGCUGGACCGCUACCUGGCUGUUUGUCACCCUCUGCGCAGCCUCCAGCAACCCAGUCAGUCCACCUACCCGUUCAUCGCCGCUCCCUGGUUGCUGGCUGCCGUCCUCAGCCUGCCUCAAGUCUUCAUCUUUUCUUUGCGGGAAGUGAUCGAGGGCACCGGGGUGCUGGACUGCUGGGCAGACUUCCGCUUCCCUUGGGGGCCUCGGGUCUACAUCACCUGGACCACCCUGGCCAUCUUUAUCCUGCCCGUGGCCAUGCUCACAGCCUGCUACAGCCUCAUCUACCAUGAGAUCUGUAAGAACCUAAAAGUCAAGACGCAGGCUCGGAAGGUGGAAGGAAGAGGCUGGAGGGCCUGGGACAGGACCUUGCCUUCUGGCCCAGCCGCAGCCACUCGGGGGCUGCCGUGCCGAGUCAGCAGCAUCAGCACCAUCUCCAGGGCCAAGAUCCAAACUGUGAAAAUGACUUUUGUCAUUGUGUUGGCCUACAUCGCCUGCUGGGCACCCUUCUUCAGCGUCCAGAUGUGGUCCGUGUGGGACAAGAACGCUCCUGAUGAAGAUUCAACCAAUGUGGCUUUCACCAUCUCCAUGCUCUUGGGCAACCUCAGCAGCUGUUGCAACCCUUGGAUCUAUAUGGGCUUCAACAGCCACCUGCGCCCGCGCCCGCUGCGCCGCCUGCCCUGCUGCUGGGGGCCCCAGGCGCGCCCCCAGCUCUCCAGCCACAGCCCCUCGAGCCGCCGCACCACGCUGCUGACCCGCUCUAGCGGCCAGCCCCCCCUCACCCUCAGCCCCAGCCUCAGUGGGGGCCCCGGGCCUGAAGGCUCACCCAAAGACUCAGCGCAGGUGGACGCAGAGGCCUCCACAGAGACCGUCGCCUUUUAGGGAACAUUCGCCAGAGCAGGGUGCGCCCAUGGGACUAGCAGAGGAUCUCUGCUCAUCUCAGCACUGGGUGUAAAUGCUGGGGGGGCUGGGGUUGGAGUUCGGGGGAGACCACUUUGAGGCCAGAAUGGCUGCCCUGCCCUUGAUGUUACAGGUGCCUCUGGUGUGCCGGCGGACCCUCGUGUGCUCGCAGUCUCACACCCUGGAAAUCGGGGAGAGUCAAGCCUCUGUUUCCCUGAUCCCGCACAUUUACAGUGUACCUGGAACUCACCCAUGUGGUGGAUGUGGUGCCCCAGAUCUCAGGCAGGCCUAGGACGGCCUUGACUAGGGGUUCACAGAGGACCGGGACUCAGGCCGGUCUCCCGCCUUGACUCUUUGUCCCAUCCUAUCCCGACUAGCACACCCAGCCAGCCGGGAGAGGGGAGGAGUGAAAACCUGUGAGAAGGAUCCUAUUUCUCUAUCUCCAUCCUGGAUUUGUCUGUUUGUUUUGUAGCGGGAGGCUUCUUUAAUGAAGGAAACCAAAGAGGGGUGGGUGAACAGGUACCUCGGCUUUGCCUGCUGUGCCCACCUGUCUACUGAAGGGAGAUGCAGGAUUUGGCACAGCACCUGCAGCUAGUAAAAAUUCCACAAAUGCUCGUGUUCCUUCUCCCCGUAUCAUCCACCUUUACAGGACAGGUAAUAGGGCAAAGUAGACUCAUCGGUGUGACCCACUGGAAGGGAGUAUGCGAAGGAGGGAGGAAAGAAGAAGAUGAAAAUGAUCACAGUAAGAUUAAGAGUGGGCGAAGCCUCUGAGGCAGCACUCGUUGGUGGCUCUCCUUCCUUCUCUAAGGGAAUUUGCACUUCGCCCUCCUCGGGGCUGGCCCAGAGGAAACAACCUUACAGAAAAUGUGGCUGAAUCAUGGCUCUGGAUUUCCUUGAGGUUUUUCAGGGCUUCCCUAUGAGCCAUGCAUGCUGUGAUGAAGUCAAGAGCCCAGGAUCUGAGACACGACUCUGACCUCGGGAAGGUCCCCUCCCUUCUCUGGGCCUCUGUCUUCUCACUUAUUAGGACAGAGAUGAUCCAAAAGAUCUUUCCCAGCUUUACCCUGUCGUGAGUUUGCAAGACUGGGGCCUGGGGUUACAGCAGAGCCUUUUCUAACCAGCAAGCUCUAGAAGAAUUGUUGGAUUCUCAUGGCAAUGACAUUUAUACCCUUUGACUCAAUUCUGGUGGCUGUGAAUCCUGCAAUGGCCAGACUGUCUACUUUUGCCCUCAACUCAGUGCUACUGAAGUGGGAGAGGCAGCAGAGCAGAUAGACUCUGGGACGUUGCCCUGCUCCUCCUCAUUAUCUCCAGUGGGACUUAAAUCUCGGGGUGGCUUCCCCACCCGAAUUCUGGUUCUAAACUAAGAGAUGGUCUUGGCAGUGGAAAGGGCAUCAGCUGGAAAGUCAGGAGAACCGGGUCUUGGUUCUGCCACCAUGAUAACCGACAUGGGGAGGAUGUCGACUGAUCCUUCAUCUCUGUUAUGAGGUCAAAUAGGACUGUGGACGUAAAAGUGGUUGGUGGACUCAGGAGCUGUCUACCAGUGGAAAGGCCGCCAGGCUAACAAACAGCUCCUGAGAGCAGCUCCAGGGAACAGGUUCUCUGCCCUUCACUCUGAGGGAAGCUGUAGGAAAUGACUGCAACUUUGAGCUUUAAGAGGUCACUCAGCUCUGAGAAGCCUUCUUCGGCUUCCUUAAAAGAAAAGAACCUAAGCUGAGUUAUGAGAGAGCAAAGCAUCCCAAGCCUUCAGUGCUAAGGAACCAGGGAGUGGGACACAGACCCUAAUGGGACCCAGGUUCAGGGCAGACGUGAGGGCCCACAGCCUCUCUUCACUACGUUCUGUUGCCUACAUCAGUCCCUGACAUCCAACUGCUCCUUCCCUGUGCAUCUGUCCUGGUGGAGCUGGGCUCAGGGGCCUCCCCUGUCAGCAUGAGCUGCUGAAGGUCCUCCUGCCCUGUGUACAUAAGCCAGGCCCCUGCCUUUCUCACCACGGAUCCCAUCCCUCGUGCCCUAGUCAGUGCCGAGUAAACCAUGGCUCAUCGUGAUGACCAGGAGGGAGAAGGGACAUCAGCUUUGCAUUCCAAAGCCCUGGGUUUGAGUCCUGCUCUCACAGGAUCUUGGGCAAGUCCUCUAAUCUCUCUGCUCAAUGAUUUCCUUUUGUGCUCAGUAGAAACAAUAAUGUCUACUUUGUUGCGGGUGGGGGUUGCUAUAAGACCUUGGACUAUAGGACAGUCUACCAUGGCCUGGCUCCAGAUUGCAUCUGGUGAGUAAGCUCCUGUGGGAAGCAUGAGGAGGGUCUCUGUUUUCAUUUCUGACAGCUAACCCUAGGAGGAGUGGAACCAGGCUGUCCCCGGGCUGGGCACUUUUGUGAAAUGUUUGUGCCAUCCUGUGGACUCUAUGAAAUACUUCAAUCCCUUAGAACCCCCGUGGGAGUAGGGGGUAGGGGUGGGCAGGACAGAGGAUGGCAGGAGGCGAAUUGGUUGACUAUGGAGAUUUCUCAGAAGGGUUUUUUAUGUCGUUUGGUAUAUAGGCCAGUAUGUUUCCAGAUGUCUGUGUCUGUGUUUUGUAUGUAAAUAGGUCUUUUUAUUUAUCAAGGAGCUCGAGACUCAGCCCAGGCUGCAGUGGCUCACUCCUAGGUGAGGAAUCCAGAGAUGGGGUUGAAAGUGACCAAUAAAACUCCAUAACCAGGAAAUGUCUGGCCAUGUUUGUUUCCUAGGGGCAGUGACAACAGGAUGUUCAAGCUGAAAUAAGAUUUGUUCCCCUUGCUUAGGGUAGUGAUGUGGAAGAGAGUUUGAGGGAUGGGGAGGGACCUUCACCCACUUAAGAGCAAAACAGGAGCGUCCUGGCAUUUGCCCUGGGGCCACACGGUGGCAGUCUGGAGCUGAAAGUGAGUGAAGCUGAGCUGACCCCCAGGGCAGGCUGGGGAAGCCGGCAGCCUCUCACUCUAGUAUCUGCUACCUUUCCCUACAGUUCUGGAGUCUUGGCUCCUUGUUUGACCCAGUUCUCCAGAGAUAACCUGAACACAUGCUUCUCUCUCUCAUGGAGGAUAUAUUUGUCAAGAAAGGGCAAAGAACAAAGGCAAGGUGAGGGACCAAAUGUAGAAAUUGUUGCCUGAAAAGAUGAGUGUUUGAGAGAGCUCAAAAACACAGAGGAGCUGGAGUUAUUAUAAUGUGUUCAAUUUAGAUACUGGGGCAUGGGGAAGGAGGCCUUUUUUUUUUUUUUUAAAGAUUUUAUUUAUUCAUGAAAGACAGAGAGAGAGAGAGGGAGAGAGGGACAGAGGCAGAGACACAGAUAGAGGGAGAAGCAGGCCCCAUGCAGGGAGCCCGACGUGGGACUCGAUCCUGGGUCUCCAGAAUCCCACCCUGGGCUGAAGGUGGCACUAAACCACUGGGCCACCAGGGCUGCCCGGAAGGAGGCCUUUUGAGAGUCCGCUGGCCCCAGAAAUGUGUCCUGAUCUCGGGAGCAAAAAACCCACUGAUGGCGGACGUAAAACACCUCCUCACCCCAGUAGGUCCCGAAGGCCCGUAAUACCACACGGAGUUCUACUGCAGUAAUAGUGGGCAUUUGGAUGCUUGCUCCUUUAGAUUACGACUCCGUUGAAGACUAGUCACAUUUAUUCUGGUCCACUAUCUAGUCCCAGUACAUUAAUGAUGUGUAAUCAACCAUCUACAUGUUGCUAGUAGCAAAUCAGCUUCUCUGUAUCUUGUAAGAGAAAGUUUUAAAAAAGAUUUUACUUAUUUGUUUAUUUGUUUAUUUGAGACAGAGAGAUGUGAGAAUGAGUAGGUGUGGGGAAUGGGGAAGGGCAGAGGGAGAAGCAGACUCCCCGCCAAGCAGGGACCCAGACAUGGGGCUCAAUCCUAGGACCCUGGGAUCAUGACCUGAGCAGAAGACAGAUGCUUAACUGACUGAGCCACCCAGGUGCCCCUGUAAGAUAAAUUGGAAGAGAUCUUUAUCCAGUGCACACUCAUGGAGGAAUCCAGAGUGGGGCACUCGGUCAUUCCCUGGAUGUUCCGAUGGCAUACGACAUGGAAGAAAGUGACUUCGUUUUGCUGAACACUGAGUUCCUCGAAAGGUGAUUGCUCAUACAAGCAACCAUCGGUACAGAUUUACACAGCUGACCUUCUAAGUUCACGGAGAUAUUACAUACAAAAGGACAUUUUAUUUCUAGCAACAUGGUUAGCAAUGAAUUUGAGGAUCACUUCAAACUGUUAGCUGGCCUCAGUCAUCAGCUUAUUGGCCCAAACUCCUUAGGACAUAAGAUGAACUUGCCUCUUCCCUUAUCGGGGCAUCGGAGAAGUCCUCUGCGUCACCGACGGUCAGCCCAGUCUCUAUUACUCACUGGGUAGAGUCACGUGUUCAACUGCAUGCAGAGACGGUGUUCUCUAAGAAUGCCAUCCCCAGAUAUUGUUAACCUCCAUGACGUAUUCAUUUGUUACAAAUGUCAUACUUUUGAAGCCAAUCACAGCAGAGUUCAUUACAGACCUUGAUUAGAUGGUCAGUAGCAUUCAGACCCCUGUGCUCCCCGACAUCACUCCCCACUCCGAGGGGCCCAGUCACAGAUAGUUCUCCUGUAGUUCUGUACAGGUCAGUCCCUGGAGCAUUUAUGGAGAGCCUGCAUCAGGUGGGCCUGCUCCCUUUCCCUCUGCCUUUUCUCCUAUCAAUCAAUUUUUUAGCCAUCUUUCUAAACUGAGGUCAGAAAUCACCCUUCUCUGGGAUGUUUAGUCUGAUGACAUCUGAUCUUAACACUCCAUACCCAUUCUGCCCAAACACUUCUAGGGUUUGUUUUCAUUGCUCUGUGUUAGUUCCUUUUUGUCACAGGUUUGGUACAUGCUCUUGCCUGUCCCCGCAACUGGGUCUGAAGUGCCUUGACCUCACCCACCCAGAUGUUCAAGUGUUCUUUAAAUGUAUGCUUCUCCAAAUCCCAGGGCCUUUCCAGAAUCCUGCAGGAAGCAGGCACUCCAUCCACGCUACCUUAGCUGUCCCCUCUCUUGGUGUUGGACCUGUCUCAGAGGUGUCCCUGCCCAGACUCAGUGUGUAUGGUGACUCAUCUGAACCUCUUCAACAUACCUGUAAAUUCCUCUUUUUUUUUCCCUUUUUAAAAGAGAUCAAUAAGAAGCAGUUUCAUUUCUAGAUACAAAGGCAGUGUUUUGGUGGUGACAUUGUUGGUGUUUAUUCCUCAUUCUGCCUCCCUAAUCAAUAAAAAUCUCUUUUUCUCUAUUAAGAAAAGCUUCCUAAGAAGAUGUCUUAGUCCAUUCCAGCUACCAUAACAAAAUGCCAUGAACUAGGUGACUUGUAAACAACACAAAUUUAUUUCUUUCAAUUUUGAACGCUAGAAGUCCAAAAUCAGGGUAGCAGCACGGUUGGUGAGGACCCUCUUCUGGGUUUCAACCAGAAACCCAGACUUUACAUGGGUUAUAUUCUCAAAAAGCAAAAGGGGCUAAGGAGCUCUGCAGGGUCUUUUUUAUGAAAGCACUAAUCCCAUACAUGAGGACACCACCCUCCCCAUCUAAUCACACCCGGAGGCCCCAUCCUUAAUACCAUCACCUUGGGGUUAGGAUUUCAACAUUUAAAUUCUAAGGGGCACAAAUAUUCAAAUUAUAGCAGGAAAGUAACAACAGUGGUAGGCAAAAGGUGGAGGGACACGUAGACUGGCAAAACUGCGCAGGCCCAGACACUGAAGCCAGAACCAUUUCUUCAGAUCAUCUUGGGAAGAGGAACCUGGGAAGAUGAAAGCUGCCCCCUGUGCAGCUUUUCUAGCCCCUGUACCAGGGCUAGAAAGGUCAAUUAUGGCCAGCAGGUAGAGCACGGGUAACAAAUCCUCUCUAAGACCUGAGUGCUUGAAUUUAGCCAGGCAUGUUCCUAGGUCAUCCAUUUCUUGAGAUGGUUUUUUAGCUAUUGUGAGCAAAUUUUUUUUUCAUUUCAUGUCUUAAUUGGCUGUUGGAAAAAUAUAUUGUAUAUUUAUCUAGUUUUUACUUACUGCAUGUUAUCAAUUAAAACAUUUUAAGUUAAUUGUCUGAGAUCUUGUAGGGCGAGGGUAUCUACAAACGAUGACAAAUUUUAUCCUCCUUUAUAAUAGCCCUCAUUUUAGUCAACUGUCUUAUUCCACCAAUUAGAACU